AAUCUUUUGAAGAGAAAUAUUUUUUCCUUUUACGUUCCAAAAAAAUUAGAAAGGUCAGGUGCAAUUACCUUUGGAAAGGCGAAUAAGAAAUAUACAGUGGAAGGAAAGUCAAUUGAAUGGUUUCCUGUUAUAUCUUUAUAUUACUGGGAAAUAAAUCUUCUAGAUAUACAACUAUCUCACAAAAAUUUAUUUCUUUGUGAAAGUAAAAAAUGUAGAGCUGCAAUUGAUACAGGAUCUAGUUUAAUAACUGGACCGUCUACUUUCAUUCAACCGUUAUUAGAAAAGAUCAAUUUAGAAAGGGACUGUUCAAAUAAGGAAAGUUUGCCUAUUAUUUCAUUUGUUUUAAAAAACGUCGAAGGGAAGGAGAUUACCCUUGAUUUUAUGCCGGAAGAUUAUAUAAUAGAAGAAGGGGACACU